CCACCUGUGCCACUCUGCAGUGUCACACACACCUGUGCCCAGAAGUGCCACCUACCUGUGCCCAGCAGUGCCACCCACCUGUGCCCACCCACCAUGAUGCCAGUCAGUGCCGACUAUCAGUACCCAUCAUCAGUGUCACCUAUCAGUGCCGCCUAUCAGUGCUGCAUAUUAGUGCCGCCUAUCCAUGACACCUCAUUAGUGCGGUCUAUCAGUGCCGCCUAUCCGUGCCACCUCAUUAGUACUGCCUAUCAGUGCCCUUUUGUGCUGCCUAUCAGUGCCCAUCAGUGCUGCCUCAUCAACGCACAUCAG